AUGGGUCAAUCCCAGUCAUCAGAGCCACCGAGGGAGAUCCCCAUAGAGCAACUGAGCCAUGAGCUGGCCCUUCGCUUUGCAUCCAAAUGCUACACUCAUCUAGAGAUCGCUCAUUACAAAGACAACUUCAAAACUCUAGCCGAUCAUCAAGAAGAUGUCGAGUUUUGGAAGGAAGACACGCUGUGUGGCUUCCUCGCCCUCCCAGAGCCUCUCCAAGCAGGCCCUGUCCUGUACCAGAUGUGUACAUAUCUGGGAGCCUUCCCAUUUCCCAGCCACGCUCCAUGUAUACUGACCAGAGAAGCCAUGUUGAAGGUGGUCACAAUCAUGACCGGUAGGUACAAGAAGGUAUUGAAAAGGGGCGAUCAGGAUAAAGUCAAGCUCCUGUUCCGGAGUAUGGCAGUGUUCGAUCGGAGUGCUAGCAUAUCUUCACCUCAGGGGAAACUGAACAUGGAAGACGUUGUCAAUGAACAACCGUCAGGUGACACGUUGAAGGAGCGGGGAGUUGAAAAGAAGGGAAUCAGCUCUCAUGCUACAGGAUUCGCCAUUGACGAGCCUGCCAAUGAUGACGAAGAGGAAGAUGAUGAUGAUCUUGCCCUCGCCGCUCUUGAUUCACUUGAUGCCAUCGAAGUCUUCAAGCAAGACCAGCGGGCAGAUCGCAAGAUCCACCAUGCGAUGAUACCUGCAGAGAAUCUAAAGAAGCUGAUAAUGCUGUUGUUGCUUAUUGCUGGGAUCGAGCCCGUGACUCCAGUGGUCAGUUACGGAGCCAAUUUAGAUGAAGAACGGCUUCAGGCUCUCAACGUGUCUGCUGAUGCCAUCAUUGCGGCCUUUGACCCAGAGCCGCAGAGCAAAGGCAUCAGAUAUUCUAGUUUCGUCAAGGCAAUAGCAACGACCUUGCCCGAUUUGUUCGAGCCUUUCAACUCCCUGUUCGAGCACUUUCUAUUCAGCAAGAAUAUCAACCUCAACAAGCACCGCGAUGCUCCAGAGAUCGUCCCCGCCAUCGAACCGCAAGAAUCUCCGAUAUAUCGAUCACCCGAUGACAAGAGUUACUCCAUCUUCACCGACACCCUGCUGUCCCAACUGUCAAUGUCUCUCAAAGUCUUCACCCCUUCAGGCUCUCUGUCAAACAUCUACACUUCUGGCGCAAAAUUCAAUCAACUCUACUCGACAUUCUCGCACGGCACCUCUCUCAGCUCCUUCUCCCGUCACGUCCUCUCCUGGCAAUCGAGCACUCUGGUCCUCAUCUCGGGCAAUCUGCCAGACAGCGCCCACGAAACCAUUAUUCUGGGCGCCUACCUUCCCGAGCGUUGGCACGACCCGAGUUCAGGCACCAGACCAGCAACCUCACUCGACAUUUCGGGUCCCAAAGCGUCUCUCUUCCAACUUCAACCCCGCCAGGCCAUAUUCCCUGCAAAUCCGUCCAAUCGCACGACAUCGGUGCCGUACUUCUCCAGCAAGACUGGCAUCGCUCUAGGCUGCGUGAUUCCACGGCAAUCGCGCACACACGCGGCACCGCCACUCCCGAUCCUCGGCCCCGUCAGUCUGCUAGUCGACGGUGAUAUGUCGAUCGCGGCAUUCCAGCACGACGGGAACGCAGGAAGUGGGGCGUUUGCGACAGAUUCAGGCCUCGAGACCGCACAGAUCCGUCACCGGGAAACCACCCAGGCGAAAAAGGUCGAGUUCGAAAUCGAUACUCUAGAGGUUUGGGGCGUGAGUUUUCCCUCAGACGGGGGCGAGGAUGAAAUUACGAAGCAGAAAAAGCGGCUGGCGUGGGAAGAGGCGGAAGCUGCGAGAAGAAAAGGUGUGAAUUUUGGCGGGGAUAAAGAUGGUGCGAGAGCCUUAUUGGAGAUGGCGGGUCUCGUGGGCGACAAGGCUGGGACUCGGAGUGGCGGGUCGGUGUAA